AUGAACCUGCAGUCGCAUCUAGCAACCUCCCCCCUCCCCUCUUUUCCCUUUACCUCUCAGAACCGCCCCGUCUUUGCACGGAGGCACACCAACCGACAAGGACGUUUCGCCACCUUCCAGCUUAGCUCUGCCUUUCACAGCGAUCGCACUACCGCCAGCCUCGCCGACCACCGCCUUGCCUUCAACCAUGGCGGUCUCGAUGCCUAUUUUGAGGCGCUGAAGAAGAAGGAGGCUGCCGGUGAGGUCGAAAGCGAAGAGUGGGAGCAGUACGAGUUCCCCAAGCUUCUCGAGUGGAAGCCCGACGCCGACGCUGUCCUGACCAGCGAAGAUGCCCUCGUCCAGGCUAGCGAGCACGAUGCUGGCGUCCAGGCAGAGACCGUCGCCCGGCCUAUGACUCCGGAGGAGGCUGCUGCCCUCGCGCACAUCGAUGCUGCUCUCGAGCGAGAACUCGAAGCCCGCCGAACACACGACGAUGAGGAUGUUGCCUCGGUACACUCGCGCGCCGCAAGCCCCGUGCGCAUCUCCCGCAGCGCCACUCCCGUCGACCCCCAGUCUCAGUCAUAUGCCGAGCACCUGUUGAAACUCUCGUCAGCUGGCCGCUAUGCUGAAAUUCCUGUUGUGUUCGAGGCCAUGCUGGCCACCGGCGUCAAGCCGAUUGCUGGUGCCUACAACGCCCUUUUGCUUGCGGCGAUCCGCAUCCCUACCAAGAAGAAUGAGGUUGUUUCCAAGGCUCUCGAUGUUUACGCUGAUAUGCUCCGCCGUCGUGUCACUCCUGACAGCCAGACCUUUGACAUUCUGGUCAGCUUGUUGGCCUCGAGGUGCCUCGAAGUUGCCAGCCUAAAGACCGUUCUCGAGGAGAAGCGUCUGCGAUUUGGUGGCAUGGAAGAGCCUGGCAAGUUCAUGCUCGCCUCUCACGAGUUCGAGCAUGCUAUUCUGUGUGAAGAUGACAGACUUGACCUCGCCAUCAAGCUGUUCGAUACCUCUGUCGACGCGAACACCGCCAAGUUCUCCUCGGACACCUACUCCCAGCUCAUCUCUGCUUGUGCCCAGGCUGGUCGCGUUUCGGACAUGCUUCGACUCUUCGCUCACAUGGAGGAUACCCGCACCGUGCCUCACGCUGAGGUUUUUCCCACUAUGAUCACCGCCUAUGCAACGGCUGGAGAUCUCAUCAGUGCUGUCGAGUGCUACAAUGAGUAUCGCAGCCUUGCAGUCGCUGACAACACUGGUAACUCCACCCUGCGUGACCGCAUGGAUGCCGAAGUCUAUGCUGCCGUCAUUAACGCUUACGUCAUUUCGGACAAGAUUGAGGGUGCCAUGAAGUUUUUCAAAAAGAUUGUUGAUGAGUAUGGUGUCAAGGUCGCUGAUAUCAAGGAUGCCCUGAUCAGCACUGGAUUCGUCAAGGGCUUUAUCUCUCGCGGCAUUCUCGAGGAGGCUCUGUACUGGGCUCAGUCUAUCGAAGCUCAGGUUCGUCCUCAAGCCCUUUCUCGCGUUGCUAUCGAGGCCGCCGACAAGAACGAGGUCGCCACCGCCAUUGAAGCCUAUAAUGGCAUCACCGGCUCUCUUGAUCUUCUCCAGGCCCCUUCCAUGGCUCUGCUUGCCAUGAGCGUUCGUGAAGGCGAUGUCGCCUCUGCCACCAAAUACUGGCAUGUGCUCAGCAAUCCCGAGAUGUAUACUUCUGCAGCAUUCAUUGAGCCCACUACCAUGUACGCCGUCGCCUUGAUUGGUUCCGGCCAGGUUGCUGAAGGUCUCGCUCAGUCCGAAAUGAUGUUCCAGAGAAUCCGCGCCUCCGACUCUGCCGCCCGCCCUGAGCUUGCCGACGAGAUUGAAGAAGGUGUCGACUUCAUUGCACGCUACAUGGAGAGCCGUGGCAUCACUGACCCCCGCGAGCUGGCCUCGCAGGUCUCUAGUGGCCCUCAGCAGGCCAUGAGCGCGUCGCCUUUUCUGUCCACGCCUUCUGUGUCGUCUUUUGAGGACAGCUUCGAUCCUUAUGCCCACAACACUGACUUCAAGGGUUCUUCUCUCAUCGCUGAUGAUUUGGAGGGCAGCCACGGCCGCAAAGGUCCUCGUCUGAGUGAUGCACUGAACCGAUUCCGCAAUAUGCGCCGUGCAGGCCGCCAUCCCCGAUACAUCACCUACGCCAAGCUCAUCUCGGCCGCGGCUAGAGAGGGCAAGAUGGAUCUCUGCCAUGAUAUUCUUGGCAUGGCCCGCACUGAUGUUCCUCUGCUUGCCCAGUAUGCUGUGGUCCGCUACGGCUGGUCCUCGAUCCUUGAUGCCAUGGUCGGCGCCUGCCUGACUGUAGGCAACCGUGGUCGCGCUGAACAGUACCACCAGGAGCUGCUGGAGAUGGGCGCUGCCCCCUCUGCCAAUACCUUUGGACUGUACAUCACUACUCUCAAGGACUCAACUAAGACUUUCGACGAAGCCUCUGAAGCUGUUCGCAUUUUCCACCGCGCCAAGACGGAAGGUGUCGAGCCUAGCUCUUUCUUGUACAAUGCCCUGAUUGGCAAGCUCGGCAAGGCUCGCCGCAUUGAUGACUGCCUGUUCUACUUUGCUGAGAUGCGUGCUCUCGGUAUCAAGCCUACAUCUGUUACCUAUGGUACCAUUGUCAACGCCCUGUGCCGUGUCAGCGACGAGAAGUUUGCGGAGGAGCUGUUUGACGAAAUGGAGUCGAUGCCCAACUACAAGGCUCGCCCUGCCCCAUACAACAGCAUGAUGCAGUUCUUUCUGACAACCAAGAGAGACAAGGCCAAGGUCCUGGCUUACUACGAGCGUAUGGCGGCCAAGGGUAUCGUCCCCACCUCGCAUACCUACAAGCUGCUCAUCGACACUCAUGCCACUCUCGAGCCUAUCAACAUGGUCGCUGCUGAGGAGGUUAUGGAACAGAUGACUGCUGCUGGCCAGCAGCCCGAGUCUGUUCACUAUGCCUCUCUCAUCCACGCCAAGGGUUGUGCUUUGCAUGAUCUGGACGGUGCUCGUAAGAUCUUCGACUCGGUCGCAGAGAAGAAGUCUGUGCCCGCCAACGCCAGUCUCUACCAGGCUAUGUUUGAAGGCAUGGUUGCCAACCACAAUGUGGCCGCUACGGAGCCUCUGCUUGCUCAGAUGCGCCAGCGCCGCGUUGAGCUCACUCCUUAUAUCGCCAACACUCUGAUUCACGGCUGGGCUGCGGAGAAGAACCUCGCCAAGACUCAAGCCAUCUACGACGCUGUGCCCCGUGAGAAGCGCGAGCCAAGCACGUACGAGUCCAUGACGCGGGCCUUUCUCUCCAUGGAACAGCGCGAUCAAGCUAAGUCUGUUGUCGGCGAGAUGCUUACCCGCGGCUACCCCAGUGCUGUUGUGAACAAGGUACUGGAGCUGCUCGGCGGCGGCCAUGAACAGGCUCAGCUGUAA